AUGUUAGAUGAAAUUCAUAGACAAGAACGUGAAGAGAUGGAAAAGAAACUUCAAGCAAAAGAUGAAGUCAUUGAAGCAAAAGACAAAAACAUACAGAAAAGAAUACCACGUUCGGUACCAAAAGGAAAGGAAAAGAACUAUAAGUAUAUGAUUUAUACUGAAGAGAUGGAAAAUGAAGAAGACAGAGAUAUGGUUAUGUUGCAUUUAGUCAGAAGAAACAACAAAAGCUUUUACGACUUAGCUAAGAUUUACAAAUCUGACAGAAAUUGGUUCUAUCGCGAAAACUUACCGAUUUCAAUGACACCAAAUGAAGAUGUGAAACAAAUAGUUCAAGAUACUUUACCUCAAACACACUAUGAUAUUAAAGGUUGUACAAUACUUACAUUCAAAGAAGAUUUGCCAUUGUUAAAGGAAAAAAUAACAGAGUAUUUUGACAACUUCAAACAAGUAGAGUAG